CCAUCACUAUAGAAUAGCGACGCUUGUUUUUUGUUUCGCGGUAAAUUGUUUGUUUGCUAAUUUCUGUGUGUUCUGUGCAAUGGAGGAGGAACACGACUUUCAGUUCAUCUUGCCGCUGAAUCCCACGGAUCUGGUAAACUCCUGCGGCGACCAGUACUACGUUAAGGAGGUGUACAGCAACAAAGAAAUACCCGAAAAACUUCUCGAGUGCAAGAGUAGGCUGAACCACAGCAAGGAUGCCUUCUACAUAUUCGAGACCUUCGACACGUACUUCUCGAUCAUCGAGUCGAGCGGCACGGAUGCGGCGUCCAUUAAGAACAUGAUGCGCGCCUUCGAUCUGCUGUACGUGACUGUGGACAAGCUGCGCACUGGCCUCUCGGAGACGCUCGGCGGCAAGGAGCCACCCUCGAAUCAGACUCGCAACUCACACCUGAAUCUCACCAAGAUGACGCUCUAUCUGCAGGUGAAUCUGGUCAAGAAAAUCGACAGCGUCGCUCAGCGUGCAAUGCGCGACCAGCAGCUAAAUGUGCAAAAGAAGCGAGGCAAGCAGUCGGAGACCCUGGAGCAGUAUCCCGACUGGGAUGUUAAGCGCGGCAACUUUCUCGUUCAGCUCUUCAAUGUGCUGCAGCUGCCGCUGGAGCGUCUGUGGAGUCCACCCGUGGCCGAAGAGGAUUUUAUAUCCAUGCUCUGUGACAUUUGCUACCGCACAUUGGAGCUCUCACCGCUGCGCAACGACAAUCGGCAUAUUUUCAAUACAAUUUUCCAAAUUUUGGGCACUUGCAUUAAGCGCUUCAAUCAGGCCAUGACCUUCCCGGCGCGCAUACUGCAGAUCCUACGCGGCACCGAACACGCUGCCGUGACUGUGGCCAAUGGCAUACUGACGCUGCACGAGGAGUAUGGCAUCUCGUCGGUGUUCUCCAUUCUGAUUAAAAGCAUUGUGGAGGCGCUCAAGCUGGACAGCGCCGACACGACAGUGUCCAAGCACUUUUCCGCCUUUCUCUUGGAGUUCUCGAACAUUGCGCCUGUGCUGAUUAUUCCUCACCUGUCGAAGCUCGGGGAGGAGCUGCUCGACUGUCAGUCGCACAUGCUGCGGAACACCGUGCUGCAGAUCAUUGCCGAUGCUGUGAUCAGUGACCUGACAGCCGAGGAUCUCAGCGAGGAGAUGAAGGAGGUGCGCAACGAGUUCCUCGAUCAUUUGUACGAUCACAUUCUGGACGUUUCCGCCCAUGUGCGCUCCAAGGCGCUGCACAUUUGGGUGCAUCUGAAGACGCAGCAUGCCAUUCCGCUCAAUUAUCUGUCCAAGGUGGUGGCUGAGGCUGUGGGGCGGCUGGAGGACAAGAGCUCGCUGGUGCGCAAGGCUGCCAUGCAGCUGAUAAAGUCCACGCUCGAGAGCAAUCCCUUCUCGAGCAAACUGUCGCUGGAGGAGCUGCUGCAGAAGCACAAAACGGAGGUGGAGAUCAUGGAGAAGCUCACCGAACAUCUAGAGGCGGAGCGCAAGAAGGAGGAGGAAUUCAACGAGCAAUGGGGCGACACGGCCCAAGAGAUGUUGCCACACAUCGAGGAGCAUCUAACAGAAUUUCCCAAUUUAGAGUUUGACAAGGAGGAGACCGACGAAGAGCUGCUGGAGAAGAUUCUGCCGCUGCUGCGCGCAAAAGACUACAAAAAGGUCUUCAUUCUGGUGCGCAAAAUCGACUUUCUGGCGGGGAAUCACGAAGCGGCUGCCGCUUUGAAGUUCGAGGAGCGCGUUGUCUAUUUUCUGGCGCUGCUCAAGAGCUACCAUCUGCUGGCCGCAGGUCUACAGCUAAACAACGAGGAAAUGGUGAAGCAAAUCAAGACCGUGCAGUUCCUCAAGGAUAGCAUUGAGUUCACGACCAUAGUGACGGACGCGUAUCCCAAGCUACAGGAUCUGCUCAUGUCCAAGACCAACACGGAUGUCCUGGAGGCCGUGGAUCUCUUUACCACCGGCUACAUGUUCGGCAUCUGCGGCACCGAUGCGGGCAUGCAGAAGAUGCUGAUGCUCGUGUGGAGUUCCGACAAGGAGAAGCGCGAUGCUGUGUCCGAGGCCUAUCGCCGUGUGCUAUUCACCACAGACCUGCAAGCGCGCGCCCAUGCCAUCAGAGUCGUGCAGAAUCUGUCGAAAUUUCUCGCCAUUAUCGAUUAUGGCCACUAUCUGUCGCUGGAGACGUUGAUGGCUGAGUGGGUGCAUUCGGGGGAGAUAGACUCGGCCGUCAUUCAGGUGCUGUUCGAGCGCUUCACCCUGAAGCUGGAGGGCACCACCAGCAAUGAGGCGCGACUGGCACUCGAGCUGCUGAUUAUGGCAUCGAAGGCAAAGCACAGCAUUGUCACCGCCAACACGGCCAUCAUUGAGGACAUAGCCGUGGGUGAGCGUGCGCGCCGCGAGCCGCGACUGUUCGCUGGCUGCCUGCGGCUGCUGCUCAAUGGCAUCGAUGCGAAUAACAACGCAAAGUACUACAAACGGCACAACACGGAUGCCGAGUUUGUGCAGCAGGUGAAGCGCUUCUUCUUCGACUGUUUCUUCCACCAGAAGCUAAAGGACUUUGAUGGCAUGGCCACGAGCGUGUUUGAGUACAUGUAUCGCAUGUGCCAGUCGCCGGAUGUGCUGUCCCAGGAGCUGCUCAAGGAGCUACUCAAGAGAUUCUACAAGAACUGGCUGGUGGCCGGCGCCUCAGAGAGUGCGGAUGUGGAUUUGGAUGCGGAUAAGGAAAACGAAAAUGAUUCGCCACUGACGCAGCACACAACCAUUCCGUACUCGCAAUCCCUGGCCAUUCCACAGACGCAAACGCAGGGCGGCGGCAGCCCGAACCCAGGCGGUCGCAUGCCUGUGUUUAUGGUCAGCCGUUUUGUCUUCUGCAUUGGCUACAUGACCAUCAAGGAGAUGAUAUUCCUGGACAUGGAUGUCUACAACAACAUGAAGUAUCGCGAGGAGCUCACCGCGCAGCAGGAGAAGGAUACGCGCACCAAGGAGGCGGGCAGGAAGGCCGCACAGCAGCUGCGCCGCACCCUGAACGUCUCCGCCAUGGAGGUGCGCAAGCGUUUGUCCAAUUCAGCGGCAGAGCCGCAGCAGGAGCCGGACGAGGAUUUGGUGGGUGCCACAGCGGAGGACAACAUUGCCGAGGAGAUUCAUGCCAUCUGCGAGGAUAUGCUGAUGUACGAUCCAAACGGACUGCUGCACUGGCUGACGCCCGUCAUCAUUGACAUCUGCAAGAAGCCGGGCGAGUACCGAGAUCCCAAGCUGCAGCAGGCGGCGACUCUCACGCUGGCACGCCUGAUGUCUGUCUCGUCGCGUUUCUGCGAGUCGAACAUGUCCUUCCUGAUGAACAUCCUCAAUCUGACGACCAACAUCACGAUCAAGUGCAACACGGUGGUGGGUCUGUCGGAUUUGACCUUCCGCUUUCCGAACAUCAUUGAACCGUGGACGGGUUUCUUUUACGCGCAGCUGCACGAGACGAACACGGAGCUGCGGCUGACGGCCAUCAAGAUGCUCUCCCAUCUCAUACUGAACGAGAUGAUACGCGUGAAGGCGCAGAUCUCGGACAUGGCCCUGUGCAUUGUCGAUGAGAACGAGGAGAUUCAGAAUAUCACCAAGGAGUUCUUCAAGGAAAUAGCCAACAAGUCGAAUAUCCUCUACAACGUGCUGCCCGACAUCAUUUCGCGGCUGGGCGACACCCAUCUGCGGCUGGAGGAGCCCAAAUAUCGCAUCAUUAUGGCCUACAUUUUGGGGCUCAUUCAGAAGGAUCGUCAGAUAGAGACGCUGGUGGAAAAGCUCUGCCUGCGCUUCCCCGUGGCGCGUGUCGAGCGGCAGUGGCGCGACAUUGCCUACUGCCUCAGCCUGCUGAGCUACAACGAGCGUUCGCUCAACAAGCUGCUGGACAACAUGCAGCACUAUCGCGACAAGGUGCAGAACGACGAGGUCUACCAGUCGUUCCGCCUGAUCAUCAGCAACACCAACAAGCUGGCCAAACCCGAGCUGAAGGCCGCCGUCACCGAGUUCGAGACGCGCCUCAACGAGUGCCUCGCAGUCAACGAUCCCUCCGCCGAGGCAGCCGACAGCAGCCAGACCGACGAACCGCGUUCGGCCAACAGGACCAGGGCCGCCGCUGCCAACAAAAAGAAGAAGGGCGGCCGCAAACCAACUCUGCCCUCUGCUGCCAGACGCACUGGUCGUGGUCGGCGCAAUGCCCGCUCUCCUCAGACUUCCUCCGACGAUACCCUCUCCAGUGAUAGCGACUGAAUGUGCUUCAUUUUUCAAUAGACAUAGACA